UACGUCCUAACAAUUGAAGGGACAUAACAGCCGUCUGCAAGAAUAUCAAUAAACUCCACACAGUGUCACAAGGAAUCAAUACCCAAUGCUCUAAAUGUUAAGCGCAAUGGUAGGAGUUUAGGUUUAGUUCAAAAUGUCGGAAGAUAUGGGUAAACCAGAAAUGGAGCCAGCUCCACCGAGUGAGGAACUCAAGAAACAGGCUGAUGAUAAUCAAGAAACAGCAAUGGUGACAGAGGCUAAAACUGACGUAGUAGAGAAGGCAGAGAAAACGGAGAAAGAGUCUGAGCUGGACAAGUAUUGGAAGGCAGUGAAGGAGAAUCCCAAUGACUUUACUGGUUGGACAUACCUGCUGCAGUUUGUUGAGCAAGAGGUAAGGCAUGAUAUUACAUACAUGAUAAUAUUCAGUCAGCUUGAUAUGAAUCGCCAUAAGCAUAUACUGUCGAUGUUAUUGUUCCAAUUAUAUAGUGAUUAAAAUAAAUUUAAAAUCAAUAUCUUUUUUCAAGAAAUCCAGCUUUAAUGCAGUUGAGGGUGUGGCACCCAAAAAUGUGCAGGUAUGUAUCCAGAAAUGUUGACUUGGUGCCUGUUUUAGACUCCUGGACAGCCAAGAAGUGGGUAUUUAAGUAUCUGUCCGUAGCAGUGUGUGACAUUAAUAACAGACUGAUGAUUAGUCUUUUCAAUAAUUUCAGUUGGUCAUAACAAAUUGAGAUGUACCUGACAACUGGCUAUUGGUCAGAUGUUUAUUAAGAUUGAAAGAUCAGGGUUUUUUCAUUGUUGCUGUAUAUUAACUGUAGUGUAUGGGUUUGACAUGUUUAGGUUCAAGCACAUGGAUCUAUAAUGACUUGAACUUAAUUGUCACACACUGUUAAUAUAAUGACUAAAUAUUGGUCCUAAUUAAAGCUAGAUAAAUCCUGAUAUUUAAAGUCUUUUAGCAUUUGUCAGUUGUCACUUGAAGUUGUGAAUAUUGGACAAGAUGUAUCCAUGCUUCUCAAUACAUGUAACUUGAAGAUGUUGUGAGCCAUGUUUAUUUCUUUUCCUCAGAACAACUUACAAGCUGCAGAGGAGGCUUAUGAUGCAUUCUUCAGUCACUAUCCUUAUUGCUAUGGUUACUGGAAGAAAUACAGCGAUAUGGAGAAGAAAUUUACUGACGUUGACCGAGCUUUGGCGGUGUUUGAGCGUGGAGUUAAGGCGAUCCCGUUAAGCGUUGAGCUGUGGCUGCAUUACCUCAACUUCUACAUCACUGAGUUUGGGUCUCAUGAAGAUGGGGAGGAGAAGAUACGGAAACUGUAUGAGAGGUCAAUCACGGCAGCUGGCACAGACUUCCGCUCCGACAAACUAUGGGACUCCUAUAUAUCGUGGGAAAACAUGCGACUCAACAAGAAGCUGGUGACACAGUUGUACAAGCGAUUGUUAUCAAUUCCCACACAGCUGUACAGCCAUCACUAUGACAAUUUCAAGAAGCACAUAAUGGAGAACCACCCGAAGGAUAUACUGAGUCUGGAUGAGUUCUUGAAGCUGCGGCAAGAGGUGGUUAAGGCCAGCGUUGUUAAGGUCGAAGACGAGGAGGCAGGCUCUGAGGCCCCACCUGGGGAGGAUGCUCCCCCUGGGGUGGAGGCACCACCUGGGGUAGAAGCUGUUGGGGGGAUGGCUGAUGAAGAUGAAGCCAAGAGGUUGCGGGAGCGGAUCUUGGAAAACCAAGAGACAGUCCACAGACUGAAUGAGGAUGAAGUCAGCAAAAGAUGGACUUAUGAGGAGGCUAUUCGUCGCCCAUAUUUCCAUGUGAAACCUCUUGAAAGAGCUCAGCUGAAAAACUGGCGAGAAUACUUGGACUAUGAGAUAGAAAAUGGAUCCCAUGAACGAGUGGUUGUGCUGUUUGAGAGAUGUAUGAUCGCAUGUGCACUUUAUGAAGACUUCUGGAUGAAAUACGCCAAAUACCUAGAACAGCACAAUGUAGACGGCGUGAGGAGCGUGUACCAGCGAGCCUGUACAAUCCACUUGCUGAAGAAGCCGUACAUUCACCUAUCUUGGGCAGCGUUUGAGGAGAGACAAGGAAAUUAUCCAGAGGCAAGUGAUGUCCUGUCAAACAUUGAGAAAAAUGUGCCAAAUCUUGUAAUGGUGUCUAUGCGGCGUAUCAGUCUGGAGCGUCGCCAGGGCAACCAUGAAAAUGUGGAGAACUUGUACCAAUCCUACAUCACUAAAGCAGCAACACCAGCUAUCAGAUCUUUCUACUCAAUCAAAUUUGCACGCUAUCUCAGGAAGAUUAGGGGUAAUGUAGAAAAAGCAAGAGAAGUCUUGGCAGAAGCUUUGGAAAAAGAUAAGAAGAAUGAGAAGUUGUUCUUACAGCUUCUUGACCUUGAGUAUCAGACACAACCCAUUGAAGAGCAGCGUGUCUUGGAUGUGUUUAGCAACGCUCUCAAGAGUGACCUGUCUGCAGAUUUUAAGGUGAAGGUUUCACAGAAGAGAAUGGAGUUCCUUGAAGACUUUGGCACCUGUAUUCAGAGAAUAACUGAUGCAUAUGAUGAACAUCAAAAGCUUGUGAAAGACCAUAACAGUGAUAGAAAGAAGAAGCACCCGGAUGCCAUAGAUGAUAAUCACGCACCUCCGGAGAAGAAGCAUAAACAUGAUAAAUACAAGUCUGAAACAAACGGCAGCAGUGCAACGGGAGAUGCUUCAAGUCAUCAUUCAUCUGCAGACACCAACACCUACAACUACCAUUGGCCCAACUAUUCAAGUUCAUACCCCGCCUACCACUCUCACUACGGAGCAUAUGGAUCAUACGGCUCCUACUACCCAUCGUAGACGUCAUGCAACAUGUCACGUCAUGUGCCCCCGACUUUCCAGAGAUCAUGUGGUUCUGAAUGUGUGUUUGAUGCUGAGUACAACUGGAGUUCCGGCCUGUGUAACCAGGGACGGAAGACUGCACCGGUGCUUUGGUGAUCAACCAGACGGAUUGCCAAUUCAUUGUCAGACUGUCAAGCUUUCUGUAUAUUUUUGCAGGUGUAUUGGGGUAUCUUCACUUAGUCAACAUACCAUAUACAAUAUAUAUUUCAAUCAAAAAUACCAAAGUUUUCAAAAUAUUUUUGUGAGCAGAAACUUUUGCCUGUAUUAUCAUACACAGUACUGUAGAUGUGAAAUGAUGUUUUAAGACGCAUUUGACAAACUGUUAUGUCCUUUCUGUACAGGAAUAUGUACCUAAAUGAAUCGGCCAUUUAAAGAAUCACUUCACACAUUGAAAAUAUUGACUUGAGGUGUUCAGUUAAGGGAGGAGCUGGAUGGGAAGGGUGGCCAAGUGAUCUUCAGAGCAGAAAUAUGUUGUGCGGAUUUAAGCCCCUUGGCUGUGCCUGGAUAUACUGAACAUGUGUUCGAAUCCCAGAAUCUCCCCGAUCUGUUUCACCAUCCAUAAACUACAACCAGGGUCACUUUGGGCUUUCGUCUCAACAAGCUGACAUACGCUUUCAAGUCGGAAAAGAUGAGUGAUUCUGUGAACUUUUUCUGUUUUGCAUGAAAUUGUAUUUCUUGUCAAUAAUUUGAACAUUUAUUUAUCAGGAAUAUUUCAUUGCCCUGUUGAGAUUUUGAACAUAAUGAACUAUAAGUGAUUUUUUUGUGCAUGGGUUUUUGGUCUGAACACAAUGAAUGUUUUAUCUUGUAUUGAAUUACAUCUUUGACAGUUGGGUUUUUUGUCAAGUAUUGUGGGUUGGGUUGUUUUAAUUUUUUAAUUCUUUCAUAAGUAGACAUGUUCAUACAUUAGUGGGUUUAUGUCUACUGGUCAUGGGGACUGGAAGCACAAGAGACUAACACCGUAAUAAAAUUGCCAGAGAGUUGCAUUCGGAUUCAUGUCAGUCGCACUAUUCAGGCAUAUAACUCAGAUUGUAUUGGAAGUGCUGAUUAGAAUAGGUCUUCAGCAACCCAUGCUUGUUUUAAUAUGUGACCAUGCUUGUCGUAAGAGGCGGCUAACAGGAUCGGGUGGUCAGGCUUGCUGACAUGGUUGAUGCAUGUGAUCGUAUCCCA